CAGCAGAAUCAUGCAGAAAGACGCGCCGCGCCGUACAGUCAAUUUGGUCUCUUGUGUCGACGCUUUGUGUACUUGUGUUUGUAAUUGGUUUUAAACCUCCUCCAGUAGCGUAACGCCGCACAUCCUUUGAAUUCUACAGCGUAAAAACUAAAAAAAACUGUUUUCGAAAAACUCAAAUAAAAUGAAGCGUUUUUGUGCGGUUUUACUUGUUUUGAUUGCCGCUGGCUUGGCCACAGCACGUCCAGAACCACCACGUGACAGCUACAGCGCACCGCCACCCAGCAGUUAUCAACCAUCGGCGCCCAGCGGCGGCUAUGGGCCACCACCGGUAUAUGGACCACCACAACAACCACCUGUGGUGCAUAAGCAUGUCUAUGUGCAUGUGCCACCACCAGAGCCAGAGUACCAGGCACCAAGAAAACCCAUUGUCUUCCCACCACCACAGAAGCACUACAAAAUCGUUUUCAUUAAGGCGCCAUCACCACCAGCACCAACCGCACCAGUGAUUCCAGUUAUACCACAAAACGAAGAGAAGACACUGGUCUAUGUGUUGGUCAAGAAGCCCGAAGAGCAACCCGAAAUUGUCAUCCCAACACCAGCACCAACACAGCCCAGCAAACCCGAGGUAUACUUCAUUCGCUACAAGACACAAAAGGAAGAGACCGGUCCAUACCCGAACAGCAUUGCGCCACCACCAUCGGGCGAUUAUGGUGCACCAGCAGCGCCAUCGGCACCAUCAGCGCCCAGCUCAUCAUAUGGUGCACCAUCGCAUUAAAUUUGUGUGUGAGAGCAAAGCAAGCGAAGGAAGAAGGAUGAUGGAUAGAUAGGAAAGUAAAGAAACAAAAAGAUCCAAAGCAUACUUGGAAGGAAGGAAGUGAUGGAGCAGGUGUAGUUAAUAAGAAAAGUUUUUUAUUUAGAGGGGAAAAGAUAAAGUUUAAAACGUAGUAUGUCAGCAGAGACGUAUCUUCGAGUAGUAAAAUGUUGCAGAUUAUCCAUUGAGUAGCGUGUGGCAGUGUUGUAUGUGUAGUAGAAGCAGAAAAAAGAAAAAUAUGCCGUUUUCACAUAAUUUGUAGUCUACUUUUGCGCGCUUAAAACUACCUAACAGUUAAGCUUGUUGUUUUUGUUUUAUUUUAAUGGAGAUUUGCGCUAUUAUUUUAACUCAUACUUUGACUAACAUACGCUACGAUUUUAAUAUUUACUCGUUUUUAUUAUUAACUGUUAUAUUAAUGUCUAACUAAGCAAUUUGAAAAGCGAAAAAAAACUUUUUUUUGACGUGUGACAACCAACAACGCCUCGAAGUGCCAGUUUUGCUGGUCCGCAAUUAUUAUUUUUUUUUUAUAAAUACGAAUUUCAACGAUUUUUUUGAGUUUUUAGCGAAAAUAUUUUACAAAAGCUCGAAAGCUUAAAAGCUCUAAGCGCUUUUUAUUCGAAUUUUGCCAGCAAAUAUUUGUAAAAUAGUUAAUUUUUGUUGUUUUCCAUUAAGCGUCGCGUUGAUAAUGUGCGUGCUUGAGCUCUUUACAAGUCGCCCUACUCUCCCAUUCUCACUC